ACCGAGAAUAGUUUCACAAUGGCUGACAGGCCAACAGAGGAUGUUGACCAAACUGAGACAAAAGUACCAGUUGGGUCUAUUCCAAGCGAUGCACCCAGCCUCCCUAGUGUUGCUGCUCCCCCUUCAAAGCCGAGACCAAAGAAAGCACCCGAUAUUCCAGUGUUUGAGCGUCGUAAUUGGCUGAUUCAUCUGCACUAUGUGCGGAAGGAAUUUGAAACCUGCAAAAACAUUGUUCGUGAGCAGCUCUCUGAAGCUGGUGGCAUGUGUGAAUAUGCUGUAUAUGUGCAAGGCUUGAUUCUACGCCAAGAAGGAAAGAUACAAGAGUCUUUGGACAUGUUUCAAACAUGUGCUCUGCUCAACCCUCAGAAUGCCGAAAAUUUGAAACAAGUGGCCAGGUCAUUAUUUUUACUGGCAAGACACAAAGCUGCCAUUGAAGUUUACCAGCAAGCAGCUCAGAUCAGUGACAAAGACUGGGAAGUUUAUCAUAAUCUUGGAGUAUGCCAUAUGUAUGUUCGAGAAUUUGAUAAGGCGAAAGAACUCCUGAGGCAGGCCUUGGGCUUCCGUCGUCAUGAGGUCUCCUACAUCAUGUUGGGCAAGAUCUACCUGCUGGAGCGGGACAUCAACUCAGCCAUUGACAUUUAUCGCAGCGCUGUCGAAUAUUCCCCUGAAAAUCCUGAUCUCCUCACAACCCUGGGUCUCCUGUACAUGCAGGUCAACCAGUAUCAGAAGGCAUUUGAAAGCCUGGGGAAUGCCAUGACCUUCGACCCCAGCCACACCAAAGCCAUCAUGGCAGCCGGCAGCAUGAUGCAGAACCAUGCAGACUUUGACGUGGCACUCACCAAGUACAGGAUCGCGGCCGCCAACACGCCCGAGUCCCCUCCACUGUGGAACAACAUCGGCAUGUGCUUUUUCGGAAAAAAGAAAUAUGUGGCAGCCAUAAGCUGUCUGAAGAGGGCCAACUACUUGGCCCCUUUUGACUGGAAGAUCUUGUACAAUCUGGGCCUAGUCCACCUGACCAUGCAGCAGUAUGCCUCGGCGUUCCACUUUAUCUCCGCUGCCAUCAACCUCAAGUCCGAUUCUGCACAGCUGUACAUGUUGUUGGCUGUGACGCUCACUCAUCUGGAUGACGUUGACAAUGCAGAGCAAUCGUACGAGCAUGCUCUCAAAAUGGAUGAAAAGGACCCUGCUAUUUUCCUGAACUACGGCAUUUUGCUGUGCAACAAAGGGGACUGCCGCAAGGCUGCCAACUACCUCUCCCGCUAUGAAGCUAUCGCGGCUGCCCAGAAAAAUGCUGGUAGAGAAGUGGAUCCUGAGCUGAUGGAGCUGGCUGCUCAGCUGGGCCCCCUGAUCCAGAUGGGAGACAUGCCUGCUAGCCGACCUCAGGUAGAAUCCAGCCUUCCUCCUCCUGUGCAGUCAUCAGUACCUCCUUCGAGGACCAUUCCUGGUGGAGGGGAGGACAUCUACAGCACCGUGAAUCGGAGCAGCAGCUAUGUAGACAGAACUCGAAGUGAUCUCUUCUCCCCGGAGCCCAGCAACAUGACAGGCCCUGCCUCACAGGCCUCCCCAGCCCACCAGCGACAGCCCGGCCAGAUGAUGGGCUCCCACACAGAGGAGGAGCCAGACAUGAUGGCGGACACUCCACUACGCUCCUCCCUCCCCCCUCCACCCUCACCAGGACCUGGCACGGAGGAGCAGACCGGGGAGGACAUGGGGAUCGUGGCGCCUCCUCCGCAGUAUGGAAACACGGCAAGCCCUUCCUCUCCCAAAACUCCGGGAUCGGGUGGACUUGGCAAGCUAGCUCCGUUGGCUCCACUGGCUCCUCUAGGUGGGUCUCCUGGCUCUUCUCGGUCUGGCUCCGGUUUCCAUGGUGCCAAACUUCCCAGUAUCGACCAGGCCCCUCUCCCACCCACUCACUUACCCGAAGACGAUGAUGAUGAGAUAGAGGAGGCUUUGGAAGGUGGUGGCGGUCGUAGCAAACAGCCAGCUUUUGCUAUGUGAAUGUAUUCCAUUUAGUGACUAAAUUCUUGCUCCACAUUUUA